CGCUCGCUCGCGCUCGGUUCACUAGUGCUCGGCUCCCACUGCAGUAGCUCCGCGGCACGGAAGGACCACAGCGACCUGCCCUGGCUCGACGAGGACGGAGAAAUGAGCUCGUCCUCCGCCGUUCCCAUCGCACUAACGUGAGCGUGUCACGGCUUUAUUUAACGGUCACACACGCACGCGCCCAGAAGACCCGCAACCGGUCUGCUGUUGACCAAUUCCCAGUUCGGCGUCGGACAGUCCCACCCGCAGCCCGGACCAUGGCGGAGAGAAGCGGCCGGUUGAGUUUCGGGAGCGGGGCUCUCAACAGACCGGUCCCCAUGAACCUGUUUGCAACAUGGGAGAUAGAUGGAUCCUCCCCGAACUGCAUCCCGAGGUUGUGCAGUCUGACUCUGAAGAAGCUGAUUGUGAUGAGGGAACUUGAUAAAGAGCUGAUCUCUGUGGUCAUUGCGGUUAAAAUCCAGGGCUCCAAACGCGUUUUGAGGUCCCAUGAGAUAGUGCUGCCCCCCAGUGGGUCUGUGGAGACUGACCUGGCUCUCACCUUCUCACUGCAGUACCCUCACUUUUUAAAACGAGAAGGAAACAAGCUGCAGAUCCUGCUGCAAAGGCGGAAGAGAUACAAGAACCGAACCAUCUUGGGCUACAAGACUCUGGCUUUGGGAUCUAUCGAUAUGGCAGAGGUGAUGCAGCACCCGACCGAGGGAGGCCAGGUUCUGCCUCUCUGCAGCAACCAGAAAGACAUGCUGGGCAAGGUGGCCGAGAUCUGGAUCUUUUCCUUGUCCAGUCAGCCAAUAGACCAUGAGGAGGCAGCCAUGCAGGGAGGACAGAAGAUCAAAUGCUCCGAUAACUACUCGGAGGAGGAAUACGAGAGCUUCUCCUCGGAGCAGGAGGCCAGCGACGACGCCGUGCAGGUACAGGAUCUGGAGGAUGACGAGUACGAUGUGAGAAAGCCAAAGAAGCAGAGGAGGUCGAUUGUAAGGACCCCCUCCAUCACCAGACAGCAGAACUUUAAGCAGCGUGUGGUGGCUCUUCUGAAGCGGUUCCGAGUUUCAGAUGAGGUGCUGGACUCUGAGCAGGACCCUGCAGAGCCGCCCCCUGAGGUGGAGGAGGAGGACCUGGACCUGGACAGCGUAGAGUUUGAGAACCCGAGUGACAGCGGCCCGGAGCUAGACGACGACGACAGCGUCCUCAGCACGCCAAAACCCAAACUCAAGCCAUAUUUCGAGGGUCUCUCCCUCUCCAGCUCUCAAACUGAGAUCGGCAGCAUCCACAGCGUCCGGAGCCACAGGGAGCCUCCGAGCCCGCUCGACCCAGAUAAAACCAAGUGCGCUGGGGUCAAAUUUCCAGAUGACGGCGUGUCUGAUAACAUCUCCUUUGAGCAGCCGGAGGCGGUGACUCCGACCACAGAGCUGGAGAUGGACAACAUGGACACGUUUCUAGAGAGACUGCCACCGAGUGGCAAAAUGACCAAGACAGAGUCUCUGAUCAUUUCAUCCAACAGGCAGGAACCCAAGUUGGCGGGGAGGCGAGGCCGGAGCACGUCGCUGAAGGAGCGCCAGCCCAGCAGGCCGCAGAACGAGAGGGCCAACAGCCUGGACAACGAGCGCUCCCUGGACACACGCUGCCACCUACAGAUCCCAAGAAAGACAGUGUAUGACCAACUCAACCACAUCCUGGUGUCUGAUACCAACCUCCCUGACAGCAUCAUCCUCAUCAACACGUCAGACUGGCAGGGCCAGUAUCUAUCAGAUAUGCUGCAAAACCACCAUCUACCAGUAGUCUGCACCUGCACCACGGCCGACAUCCAAGCUGCAUUCAACACUAUCGUCUCCCGCAUCCAGAGAUUUUGCAACUGUAACUCCCAGACGCCCAUUCCCAUAAAGAUCGCAGUGGCCGGAGCGCAGCACUACCUCAGUGCUGUUCUGAGGCUUUUUGUGGACCACCUUUCCCAUAAGACCCCUGACUGGCUCGGCUACAUGAGGUUCCUCAUCAUCCCUCUAGGUGCACAUCCAGUCUCCAAAUAUCUCGGCACUAUUGACUAUCGAUACAACAGUUUGUUCCAAGAUGCCGCUUGGAGGGACCUGUUUCACAAGCCAGAGGCUCCUGUUAUAGCCCAGGAGAACCCAGACGUGGUGUCGCGGGUGACUCAGUACAUGGUGGGAGCUAAUGGAGCACACCAGCUCCCCAUCGCAGAGGCCAUGCUCACCUACAAACAGAGGAGGAAAAAGAGCUUUCAUUUUGAUUUUGCAGUAAGUCUAUCUGUUUCUUCCCUGGGGGGGCGAUGGCAGGUUUCUUCAAGCCCUGAUGAGGACUCAUGUCAGAAAUUCAUCCCUUUCAUCGGGAUCGUGAAAGUUGGCCUCGUGGAGCAACCAUCUGCAGCGUCAGGAGACUCUGAUGAUGCAGCACCUCUGGGCUCCUCGCUGCUCUCCUCCACCCCUCCACAAGUAUCACCCGCACUCAAAGAGGCGUCGCCCACCCCUCCCUCCUCCCCCUCUGUUACCACCAGCUUCUGUGCUUACAGUUCUGCAGGUCAGGCAGAACUGAUGGGGCUUCAGGUGGACUACUGGGUGGCUCCAACCGAAAGGAAAAAAGACAUGGAGAAGCGGGACUCCUCCUCCAAAAACACUCUGAAGUGCAAUUUCCGCUCGCUGCAGGUCAGCCGGCUGCCAGUGGGGGGUGCAGAGGCGAGCCCCCAGCCCACCAUGUCCAUGACUGUGGUGACCAAGGAGAAGAAUAAGAAGGUCAUGUUCCUGCCAAAAAAGAGCAAAGACAAGGAGGUGGAGUCAAAGAGUCAAGUGAUCGAGGGCAUCAGCCGGCUCAUCUGCACUGCCAAGCAACAGCAGACCAUGCUGAGAGUACUGAUUGACGGCGUUGAGUGGAACGACGUUAAGUUUUUCCAGCUGGCGGCACAGUGGUCCUCACACGUCAAACACUUCCCCAUCGGGAUCUUUGGACACACAAAAGGCCCUUACUAGCAGCACCUAAGAAACUAAAAAACACUGAGGAAAGCCCCCCCCCCCUUGCCCUAUCUUCCCUUUCCCCUGUGCCAACAGCUUUUAACCCCCUCCUCCUUACUUCCCCUUUGCACACUUCUUAUAUUCUGCUUUCUUAAUUUAAGCUCCUGCUUUCAGCUGUUGCAUUUGUCCAAUUAUUUAACCUUUUUUAAAAAUUUCUAUUUAUGUAAAAGUCUUGAGGCAAGGCUGCCAAGGGAAUAUUUCUUUACUCAGCUUUUUAAAAAGAUUUUAAAAAAAAUCCUGCUGAUGUUUUAUAGGCUUUUGAGAAAAAAAACUAAUUAAAUAGUAAUUAGACAUUACUUCUUAUCUUUAACAUAUUGUACGAGUACCUGUUUUUUUCCCCCUCUUCCAUCCUAUUUUAUUUGAAAUCGGUGAGGCUGGUUUCAAUCACUUGGUCGCCACAUUUAAUCUAGAAUAGCCUAUAUAUAUAUUUAAAAAAACUGCUGCCUUGUAAGGAAGUGGAGGAGGCUCAUCUUAUUUUCUAACCAAGAUGAAGGAAUUUGGGAUUCUCAACUUCAGAGACUAUUGUCGAUUGAUCGUCUCAACCCUGAAGAAGAAAAAAGUUAACGCCCCGUGAGCUUUGGCUCUCUGCACUCAAUGAAGAAGUCUUAUGUGCAAUAGAAUGAAUACUGUGUGAAUGCGAUUCUCAAGAAUGACCUGGCACUGAUAGAAGAUUAUACACACUGCAGUUACUUUCUCUUCUUUACUUUCUCCUUCUGCUAAAUUGGCUUGAGGUUUAACUCCAAAAUGAGACAUCUGAAAAAAUAGUCAAAUGGAGUCAAGAAAAUUAUGAAUAGCACAAAAUGAACUGCUUUUUAGAUGGUAGAAUGGACUGGAAGGAACACAUUUACAUUUUGGGAAAUGUGCUUUCUUUGUGAGCGUUAGAUGUGAGGAUCGAUACCAACCUAACGUCUGUACAGUAGAAUUUGGCUAGAGCCAGCAGCUGGUUAGCUUAGCUUAGCAUAAAGACUGGAAUCAGAGGGAAUCAGGUAACCUGGCUCCGUCCAAAGGUAAUGAAAAAUGCUUACAAGCACCUCUAAAGCUUGUUAAUUUUCCCAUUCAUACAAAAACCGGCAUGUAAAAAGACAACGUUGUGGUUUUACGAGGGGAUUUACAGAAAGUAUUCCGGCACAUAACCCCCACAAAAACCACAACUUAUCAUUUUAUGGGCUACACUUUUUACCCUAUUUCCAGUCUUUAUAUGAUGCUAAGCUAACAGACUGCUGACAAACAGCUAGUUUUGCCCUGAUCAAAAAAUAACAAAAAUCCACCUACCAGCAUCUGUGAAGCCCAGUAAUGAACACAUUAUAUCUCCUUUGUACAAAAGUCAGAGUGUUAAAAGUUGUGGUUUUACUUUGAGCCAGGCAAGCUGUUUUCCUGUUUCCAGUCUUUCUGCUAAGCUAGGCUAAGGUAAGCUAAUCGCCUGCUGGUUGUAGCUUCACAUAGCUCUGAGAGUCAUCUAGCUGUUGUUAAGAAAAUGAUUUUAACAUAUGUUAAGAUGAAACACAUUUGAAAGAGUGGUUCCUCUGUAAGAACUAGCUUAUCUAGCUUUUUUUUCCGUCCUACAAUGUUUAUUUUAGAAAACUCUUUGUCCUCAAGCCCCACACUCCUCGGAAACACUCCAUAUCUUUUUUUUUGCUAAAAGCAAAUGUUACUUUUGCCAAAUGAGCAACUGCAACUGCAGCUCACUUAUUACCUGUGUGGUAUUAUAGACAACUUCAUAAUGUAGAGGUGAAUGUAUUGACGGUACCUUAAUGUAAAGCACUUUUAAAUGUUUGUCCAUUAUAGCUUAGCGUGUGAAGCCUACCGGAGGAACCUGCAGGCUACUGUGGUUCACAGACGCACAUAGACAGACACUGUGUCUGCCAUUAUAUCUGAGCUCGACAACAGCACAAGCAUCGGGGACAUGGCAUAGUGUAUAUGCAAAACGACCCAGGCGUCUGGAUCUUCUCAGUGCUGUGUGAUAUCACUUUAUGUUCAGUGUGAGGCCUCCCUUUUGGACUAUUUAGAUUUUAGUUUGAUAUUCUGUGAGGUUAGCUUACAACAUGUAGCCUACGUGAUGUUAACAUUUCAAAAAUGUUCUGUCAGUAGAUUUUGCUCAUGCUUUUGUUGACUGUUCAGUGUAAAACUAAAAGUAUUUUGCUUGUUAGAUUUGUUUCAGUAGCAGUUUCAUCAUAACCUUUGCCAAUUUCUUGAUAAGUGCCUAAAUUGCUUAAUUUUGACAAAUCAACAUAUUGUGUCCCUUGCUAACAUGGUGCUGAUUAUGGUCAUACAACAACAAAAAUAUCUUAAUACAGUGCAUUGAGUACGCAGUAUAUUGUUCACUGGAGGGAGGGAAAAUCACAGUUGGCUCUCAAGCACGGGUUUGAAUCAAUUAAAAGAAGACUACAUCCCAUUUAUGUUUAGCAGGCAUUUGUUGAACUCUUUAGAAAAUGUUGUAGAUGUUUUGGUUUUUAAUGUUGUCUCAGAGAAAGGCUUGUUGAAACUGAAAGUUCCCUUAAGACUACCACUGUAAUCCCAAAAUUUGGAGUAAUAAAACUACUAUACACACUAAAAUGUA